AUGUCAAAAUUAAUAAAAAUUGGAUUAACAGGUGGUAUUGCAUCUGGUAAAUCAACAAUAUUAGGAUAUUUAAAAGAAAUGAAUAUAAAAUGUAUUGAUGCAGAUAAAUUUGGACAUAUGGUUUAUCAAAAAGGUAGGCCAUCCUAUAAUAAAAUAAUUCAAGAAUUUGGUCAAGAUAUUAUCAAUCAAAAUGAUCAAUCAAUUGAUAGAUCUAAAUUAGGACCAAUAGUAUUUUCAGAUCCAUUAAAAAUGAAACAAUUAACAAAUAUAGUUUGGCCAGAAAUGAAAGAACUAAUAUUGAAUGAAUUUAAAGAGAUUGAAACAACAUGUCCAAAUGAUAAAAUAGUUGUAUUAGAAGCUGCUGUUUUAAUUGAAGCUGGUUUCAAUGAAAUGGUAGAUCUUAUUUGGGUAACCCAAGUUCCAAGAGAAGUUGCAAUAGAAAGAUUAAAAACUAGGAAUAAUCUAUCAGAAGUUGAUGCUUGCAAAAGAAUUGAUUCUCAAUUAACAAAUGAAGAAAGAGAAAAGUAUGCAAAUUUAGUUUUUAAAACAAAUGAUGAUUAUGAAAUUACAAAAAAUAAAGUUCAAAAUGAAAUUAAUAAUUUAUUAAAUAAUUAUAAUAAAUAA